UUGACGUAAGAAGCAAAUUGUAGAUAAAGAAUAUUUCAUAUAAAUGAAACAGUAUAAUUAAUUAACUAUUUUAACUAAUAAACUAAAUGUUAUGGAUAGCAAAGGUAGAAACGUAAUUGUUUGUGACAAUGGUACCGGUUUUGUCAAAUGCGGUUAUGCUGGGAGCAACUUUCCAGCUCAUAUUUUUCCUUCCUUGAUCGGAAGACCUAUUAUUAGGGCUGAUAAUAAAGUUGGAGAUAUCCAGGUGAAAGAUUUAAUGAUAGGAGAUGAAGCUUCAGCCCUUAGAUCUUCCUUAGAAGUCAGCUAUCCCAUGGAAAAUGGUGUUGUUAGAAACUGGGAUGAUAUGUGUCAUGUUUGGGAUUACACUUUUGGAGAGAACAAAAUGAAUAUUGAUCCAGCUAACACGAAAAUACUUCUAACAGAACCUCCUAUGAACCCUACUAAGAACAGAGAAAAAAUGAUAGAAGUCAUGUUUGAGAAAUAUGGUUUUGAUUCGGCAUACAUUGCUAUACAAGCUGUAUUAACUUUGUAUGCUCAAGGUUUAUUAAGUGGUGUUGUAGUCGAUUCAGGUGAUGGAGUCACUCAUAUCUGUCCUGUUUACGAAGAAUUUGCCUUGCCCCAUUUAACAAGGCGUUUGGACAUUGCUGGUCGUGAUAUCACUAAGUAUUUAAUAAAACUUCUCUUGCUGAGAGGUUAUGCAUUUAACCAUUCCGCAGAUUUUGAAACUGUUCGAAUGAUGAAAGAAAAACUUUGUUACAUAGGCUAUGAUAUAGAACAAGAACAAAGACUUGCCUUAGAAACCACUGUCCUCGUUGAACCCUAUGUAUUACCUGAUGGUCGUGUGAUCAAAGUAGGUGGAGAAAGAUUUGAAGCUCCUGAAGCUUUAUUUCAGCCACAUUUAAUUAAUGUAGAAGGCCAAGGCAUUGCUGAAUUAGUAUUUUCCACUAUCCAAGCAGCAGAGAUCGAUAUGAGAAGCGAGCUGUACAAGCAUAUUGUGUUAUCAGGUGGUUCCACAAUGUUUCCAGGUUUACCUAGUCGACUAGAAAGAGAAAUCAAACAAUUGUAUUUGGAAAGAGUAUUAAAAAAUGACAUAGAUAAAUUAUCUAAAUUCAAAAUUCGAAUUGAAGAUCCUCCAAGACGUAAAGAUAUGGUCUUCAUUGGAGGUGCUGUAUUAGCUGAAGUUAUGAAAGACAGAGAAAGUUUUUGGAUGUCGAGACAAGAAUACCUUGAUCAAGGAUUAGGAGUAUUAAGAAAAUUGGGUGCCAGGAGCACAUGAUAUUGAACUGUAUUAAAAAUAGAUAUUGAAUUGUAAUAAUUCAACAUUGAAAAUUAUAUUAAA